GGACGAAGCACCUGGAGAGUGAGAUGCCAUUGGAAAAUAUGCUGGACCUGCAGAGAGUAAAAGCCCCCUGUGAAAGCAAUGAAGCUGGAACUUCACUUGUGGCUGUCGCCAUUGACAAAGGCAAGAGCAGCCAGAGUGCUCUCAAGUGGGCUUUGGACAACCUCGUCCACCGCGGUCAGACCAUUACGCUUCUGCAUGUUAACACUAAAGGAAAUGGAGCUGCUACUGCGCAGGCCAUGGAGGUUUUUAUUCCCUUCCGCUGCUUCUGCACCCGAAAAGAUGUGAAAUGCAAGGAUGCAAUACUAGAAGGCACUGACAUAGCUAAGGCCAUCGUCGAGUUCCUAUUGCAAGCUGCUUCCAUAGACAAGCUGGUCAUCGGCUCCCAAUCCAAAGGAGCAUUCGUUAGAUUGAAGAGUAGCUGCGAUGUUCCGAGCAGCAUUUCUAAGAGCGCACCUGACUUCUGCUCUGUAUAUAUUAUCUCGAAAGGAAAGGUGACUUCGGUGCGCAAUGCCGUUAGGCCAUCACCACCAGUUUCUUCUCUUCGAGGUCAAAUACUUACACAGCCAAGUAUCAAGCUCCAAGUCGUUGAAAGGCCUCCUCGUGACUUGAUUAGUGAGGAAAGGGAAAUAAUAAGGUCGCCAUUCACUCGAUAUGGACCAAACCAGAGAUCUCGUAUGGAAAUCUCAGUGCCAGAAUUUGAUAUAUCAUUUGUCAGCUCAGAAAAAUCAUUUCCUAGCUCUGGAAGGCCUAGUUUUGAUCGCUCCCCCUUACAACCAAGGGCCUCCAAUGCAUCAAGCAGCUUGGAAAGUAGCUUGGGGUUCAUGGGCACUCCAAAUAGGUCGGAGAAGCUUUGUGAGUACUUCAGUAACUCGUACUCACAGGAAAACCUUCAAAACAUGGAAGAUGUAGAAGCUGAAAUGAAGAGACUGAGAUUAGAGUUAAAGCAUACCAUGGACAUGUACAGCAAUGCCUGCAGGGAAGCAAUCAGUGCUAAGCAAAAGGCAAUGGAGCUCCACCGGUGGAAGAUGGAGGAAGAGAACAGGUUAGAGAAGGCAAGGCUUGCGGAAGAGACUGCACUGGCUAUGGUAGAGAGGGAGAAAGCCAAAGCUAAAGCAGCAAUAGAGGCGGCUGAGGCGUCGAAAAGAAUUGCAGAGCUUGAAGCAAAGAAGAGACUGGAUGCAGAGAUGAAGGCAGUGAAAGAGGCUGAGGAGAAGAACAAAGCACUGAAUGCAUUGCACAAUGAUAUUUUAAGGUAUCGGAAGUACUCAAUAGAGGAGAUUGAGUUGGCCACUGACUGCUUUGCAGAAAGCCAGAAGAUUGGAGGUGGUAGUUACGGUCCUGUGUACUUUGGCCAACUUGAUCACACACCGGUCGCCAUUAAGGUUCUUCGUCCAGAUGCUUCUCAAAGUAGAUUACAAUUCCACAAAGAGGUUGAAAUAUUGAGCCGCAUAAGGCAUCCAAACAUGGUUCUCCUCCUUGGCGCUUGCCCUGAGUAUGGGUGCCUUGUCUAUGAGUACAUGGCAAAUGGAAGCCUUGAUGACCGCCUCUUCCGGCGAGGAAACACGCCACCAAUUCCAUGGCAGCACCGGUUUCGCAUCGCUGCAGAGAUAGGCACAGGCCUCCUCUUCCUCCACCAAGCAAAGCCAGAGCCAUUAGUCCACCGUGAGCUCAAACCAGCCAACAUCCUCCUCGACCACAACUAUGUGAGCAAGAUCAGUGAUGUAGGACUUGCUCGUCUUCUUCCACCUGCAGUUGCAGAAAAUGUUACUCAGUACAGAAUGACCUCUGUUGCUGGAACAUUCUGCUACAUUGAUCCUGAGUAUCAGCAAACUGGCAUACUUGGAAUAAAGUCUGAUGUGUAUUCUCUUGGGAUUGUCUUGCUACAGCUGAUCACUGGAAAGCCUCCAAUGGGGAUUACAUACCAUAUGCAGCGAGCCAUUGAUAAUGGAAUGCUUAAGGAUAUCUUGGAUCCUACAGUAAUGGACUGGCCAAUGGAGGAUGCCAAGAACUUGGCUCACAUAGCACUUAAGUGUGCAGAGCUGAGGCGCAAGGAUCGUCCAGAUCUAAGCAAAGUAGUCUUGCCUGAGCUCAACAGGCUGAGAAAACUUGGGGAGAGCAAUAUGCAGAAUUGCACCAUGGGAAAUGGCUUACAUUCCUCACCAGCACAAUCUCAGAUCUCCAUACAGGACUUCUUAAGCGGACCCCUAAAUGGACAGUCAGGGUAUGAAAGCUCCAGAAGCAGAUCAAGUGUAUGAUCAGCGACAGAAAAACAGAUCAGUAAAGCCAAAGAAUGAAACUGGAGCUCUGAGAGACUGAAGCUUCGUGGACCCAAAUGAGAUGGAACUUGAGAAAAGUAAAAAUGUUAUUGUUUUGUAGUUGAUAAUUAUUGCAAGGAUGCUAAAAAAGAAAAGAUUUUGGCAUUUUUGAUUUGUUGGACAUUUAAGUUGAUAGCAAAAGAGCCCUGGGCUGAUGUGAUUUUUGCAAUGAGCAUCAAUGCCAAGUUGUAUUAGGAAUUGUAGAGAAAGGCCUAUAAAUAAAUCUUAUGGAGCUAUGCAUACUAAUUAGUUUCAAAUUAUAAUACAA